ACUCAUCUCACCAUGACUUCUCUUUCUCUUCCCAUCAUCCUUCUCCUUAGUGUUUCUCUGCAUGCAUGCACUGCCCGGUUUCCUAGUCUUUCUAAAAAAGACACCCUUCACAAGGAACUAGACAAGGUCAAAUUAUUGGAGACGUUAACUACAUCUAGUAGUUUGAAGGAUUACACGCUACAGAAAAAUCAACAACAACAACAGAAACCGAUCGUAGAGGCAGCAGCUUCAGGGACAUCUUUUCAAAUGGAUUCGCCAUCCUUUCUCGCAGCAGAGGAUGAGAGGGGGCCUGCACGGUCAAUGCUGGGAACUGUUCAGCAUCAUCACGUUGAAGAAACAGUGUUUACAAAGGCUAGUGACUCUGCAGAGGACAUAGUUGAAAUGGACUAUGCUCAACCUCAUCGGAAACCACCCAUUCAUAAUGAAAAGCCCUGAAUCCAUGCAUGCUUAGUUAGUGAUUUACAAUCUGUAUUUUUCCAAGAAUGUUUACGAUGAUUCUCUGUUGAUUAUUUUGAUGUUAUUCUCUGUAUUUUGAAAACACAAACGAUUAACAUAGAAAAAUCCAACACAUAAUCCACAUU